UUUUAGUUAUCUCCUAAAAGUACUAAACAACUAAACGUAUAUUUUCUUGAUUUUGUCAUUUUUGCGUGACGGUAUCAUAACUUUUGUUGGCCGUUCUCUAUAGUUUCUUGAUUACAAUUAAUUAGGACUUUUUAUUAAGUGUAUGAAUGUUCUUAAUUGCUUCAGUUUUGGUUCGUUGUGUGCAUUCAUUAUUAUGCUUUGACAGUGGCUGAAACGACUCAAAUUUAACAGAUAGCUCAAAAAUGACUGAAUAUAAACUUGUAGUAGUAGGAGCAGGUGGCGUUGGAAAAUCAGCAUUGACUAUUCAGUUGAUCCAGAAUCAUUUUGUUGAUGAAUAUGAUCCCACCAUAGAGGAUUCUUAUAGAAAGCAAGUUGUGAUAGAUGGUGACACCUGCCUUCUGGAUAUUUUGGAUACAGCAGGUCAAGAAGAGUACAGUGCCAUGCGAGACCAGUAUAUGAGAACGGGUGAAGGUUUCCUUUUAGUUUUUGCAGUGAACUCCGCUAAAAGUUUCGAAGACAUAGGGACGUACAGGGAGCAGAUCAAGCGAGUUAAGGAUGCCGAGGAAGUACCAAUGGUUCUUGUUGGAAACAAAUGUGACCUAACAACGUGGGCUGUCGAUAUGAAUCAAGCUAGAGAGGUCGCCAAGCAGUAUGGAAUACCUUUCGUAGAGACAUCUGCUAAAACGAGAAUGGGUGUGGAUGAUGCCUUUUACACCUUAGUUAGGGAAAUUCGAAAAGACAAGUCAAGAGGAAAGCGAUCCCAUAAAAACUUUGGCAGCCACGGAAGGGUUCCUAUCAAGAUUAAGUGCUCAAUUCUAUAGGUCAGGAAAGUUGAUACUAGGGAUCUCUCGAGAAUGAGUGAUAAUCUGUUCUGCCCCCACUAUGAUCCAACUAUCGCCAAGUUUUGAAAAAUUUUACAAUUACUGUGUGAGUGUUUGAAGUGAGUGAAUUUGUGUGGUUAAGAGAAGGCAUAUGAGAUUACGACAAAGUAUUUUGAUCCUAUAGUUAUAGUCAAAUUUUAUUCUGAAAAAUUACUUUAUUGAAUUCAUUACCAGCAUCAUCAUUAAAACUUAGCUAACACUAUUGAAUUUGGAAUUGUCUUCUGAAAUUCACUUCUUGUUGACUUUUCUUUUUUUACCUCAAUAAUUCUUGAAUUUUUUUACUCAUGUGGAAAACUUUGGUUUUCUUCAUAAGUGAAAGUUGAAAUUGUUCUGAUAUUCAUUGUUUUUAACAGUAUCAAUUCAAAAAUUUCUGUAUCAUAAAACAUGAAAAAUAUUCAUAUUUCAAAACUUUUCCCAUUACUACGAUAUUUCACAAAAAUCCUUCAAUAGAGAAAUUCAAAUGAAUCGCAUCAUGAUUGAACAAGAAAGAAAUUUGAUGAAUAUAUUUCCAAAAUGUCAAUAUUAGGAUGGGAAAUACCACUGUUUCCUGACUAUUCAACAUGACUGCUGUCUUCAAAUGUUCAUAUUCAAGAAAUUUUCUUUCUAUUGAUGUACAUACUUAUCAAAAAAAUAUAAUUAAGGCAUUGUUGCUUCUAUAUUCUACGCACACAAGUUGUGAUGAAAAAUUCUACACAAAUAUUCGUAAGUAAUUGUUAAAGAGGAUGCUUAUAUAUUUUUCUUGGAUGGAAAUUUAGAUGAAAUUGGAAAGAACUGGGUUUUCAAGUAAUUUUUCUAGUUGCAACAUACUCGACUCAAUUCUGUAGACUGGAAGAAUAUUAUUGCAAGUUCAUAUAUUUUUCACAUUACUUGUCUACUGAGUUUUCUAGGUUUAGUUGGAUUUUCAGCAAAUGUUCUCAAAUCGGUAAAUUGGAAAAAAUAUGCUUUUACACAAAUGAUACAUUUUUUUGUGAAAAAAUAAAAUUCGACAGAUACUGGGAUACAUGUGACUACUCUUUAGUUAUUUUUCAUCUGGAGCCAAGCAGAAACUGAUGGCAAACUUGAAUUUCGAUUUAAAAAAAACAUCCUUAAAUCUUAUAAAUAUUUCUUUUAAGUAUAUUUUAUAAUGAUAAGUGCAUGUGAAACAACUUUUUUCUACGAAUAUUUAAUUGAAGAGAAUUAUUAUACUAUUGAAUCUGCAAGAACCACUUUUCCUGUAAAAUUAAACCCAUGUUUCAUGUGAAGUGUUUUCUAUUCUUCAUCUAACUGGAAAUUUAAAUAACAAUUUACUCGAUUCUUCGAUGUUGUUUAAAUAUUUAACAUUGUCGGUUACCUUCAUAAAUGUAGUCUUUUUUCAUAGAUGAAAAUAAAAUGAUAAUACUAGUACCUAACACUCUCCGGAGAUUCACGACCAAUUCAGAAAAAUAGAGUUAGAGUAAUGCCUAUGCAAAAAUGGUGAUAUGCUGAUAAGGGGGGAUAUGCCUUGGAGCUCUGGGCAUAUUUGGUGCAUUUUUGAUCGGUAUCUGGAAAAAACCACUUUCUGUUUCAUCUUUAUCAUCUAGUUAUUUAUUGUAUUAUAAAUAAUUCAAUUGUACCCAAGAUACUUGGGUUUUUCUCCAAAAAGAACCUUAUAGUAAACAAUUUGCGACAUUCAAAAGUGGAGUAUUACAAAAAUGUAUGAAUUGGAGUAAUAUGCUGACAGUCCAUUCUAUUCUAAGGUCUGGCUUCAGUGAAGAAUUCCUUUGAAUUAAAAAAUACAGUGCUUGAGACAUGAUGAUUGUUGAAAUAUGGUGUGUAUAAAAAAUUUUCCAAUUAAAACCAAAUAAGUUCAAUGAAGUUACUCGACAAUGUGCUUGUUGUUCACUGAGCAUUCAAAUAUAUGGUUGAUGAGCGUUAUAUGACAUUUAAACUCAAUUAUAUAUUUCGUGGUGAACUGUAAAUUUGAUAUACAAAACUUAAUUCAAUUCUCAGAACUUGUCCUCAAAUCUAAAUAUUUCAUUACAACAUCAAUAAAAACAUGCAUUUCUGUUCGUUUUGGAGAAUAUUUUUUUUAGUGAUUUCCAAUUUAGUUACGUUUACCUUGUAAGUUGACUCUAUGAAUAUGAAGUUCUACUUUUUUUGUGAAGAACCUCCAGUCAUAUUAUACGGUAUUAGUAAAUCAUCACAGUUUAUGAUUAUUUUUAUAAUUUACCAUAUGCAUCAUUUCAAGCAUAUAUGGGGUCAGAGUAUUAGAUUGGAAAAAUGAAAAUAUGGUAACUAAAUGGCACUGUUGCCUACAUAUCAAUCAUAGUUUCCUACAGUUUUCAAAUAUAGAAUAAUAAUAUGUAAAAUAUGUAAGAAAACUUCGAAAGACCAUCUGAAAAAUCUACAACACAUUGAGUGGUGUGAAUAAAAAUUAGGCUUAUACUUAUAGCAUUCAUACUGAGGUAGUUGAAACUAUAAGUACUGGCUAUUGUUAGAACUUAAUGUUUAGAUAUGUGCUGCAAGUUCAUCAAUUGUAAGGUAUAGAAAUCUCUCAGAUUUCUAUACCUUAGUGAAAACAGAAAUUGCAUACAUGGUACAUAUUUCGCUUAGAACUUUCUCCCCCUAUAUCUCAGAUGUUUGAAUUAUAUAAGAAAUCUCUUUGAAUAGCAAUAAUAGAAAUGAAUGGAAAUAAUUUUUUUUUAACUUCAGUGAAAUUGGUUGAUAACUUCUUAUUUCUUUUCUUCUCUGCAGUCCACAGAGAUGUCCAAAUCAUCCAUCUUCUUGAAUAUGUUGUCUCCAUUAUCAGCUGCAAUGCCAUCAUCCAAAAAAUUUACUAGACUAUGGGGAACUGCAAAAUAUAUGAUGAUUGAUGGAAUUCUUGAAUUUCACUCACCCCAUAUAUUGAACAGUUGAAAACAGAACCCUAGAAUAAAGCUUUUGUAGUACAACAUCAGGACAAAUCUUGUUCGGUGGUUGAUAUCAAAUCUUGGCUUUGCAACAGUUUGCGUCGUGCUUUAUUCAAAUUGUUGAGGUUGGGAAAUUUAUUCCAAAUUUAUGUUUUUUCCACAAUUGUUUCCAAAACAUCUAAGUGUUCAGCAAGGUAAUCAACAUUCACCAUAGAAAAUCUGUAUAAUUUGUGAUAGUCUUCAAGAUGACAAUCAGAUUAUCUCCAAUAAGGUUUAGAAACUGUCACAUUAAUAAAUUGGGCCUUUUUAUCACUGUACAGUUUUGUUUUUCACAAAUUUAAUAUAAUUUUCAAGCAUCAAAAUGAAUGGCCUGAAAUAUUGGCAGUAUAAACUCAAAAUAUCUAGCAUUUGCUAUGUAUUAUUCAUACCAAGUUGAGUUUUUGCUGGAAAAACAAGUACAAACUCAAUAACACAAGGUUGAACUUCUCAGUUUGAAUCGAAGAUAGUUAUUUUUUGCACUGUCCAUUUUAAUGUUGUUGAUUUCUUUGUAAACAGAUGUAAUAGAACAAUAAAUUUAGACAUUAAUAAAAUCUAAAUUUCAAGUUGCAUAUUUGAGUGGAGUUUGUGUGCACAAAGUUAUUCUUAAACUUUAAAAUGAAAGGAAUGUUUACUAUUACUGCUAUUAUUAUCUACUAUCUGCUCUUGGACAAAUUUGAGUUUUAUAUUUUCACCAAAUAUUUGUAAUCAUAAUCUAAAACUGAUCCAGUUGAAAAUUUGUAUUUUAGGAUAACUUUCUUGAUUCAAUUAGGGUUUUAUUUUUUAAAGUAUUCGCUGACUCAUUUUUAAUGAGAAAUAAAUAUAUGUUCAGAAUAAUUUAUUUUUUAAUCUGUGAUUCAUAGUUUGAAGGUCAACAGUGCAAAUCAAUUUUAUACUUUGAUUCAUAGCUGUAUGAUAUGUUUGUAAAUUUGACCUUAAGGCUAAUAUGAGUAGUGUAUAAAAUAUUUUGAUUGAACAAGCAAUUAGUGAGUCAUUGAUGAUUAUAAGUGAAAAGAGCAAUAACUGAUCAAAUUGAAUAUAGUUUGAAAGCAAGCAUCAACUUAUUAGUUUAUGAAAGCAAUGGGUUUCAAAUUGCGUAUAUAACAUACUCUUAUAUUUCCAACCAUAUUUUUAAGCUCCACAUUGGAGUAUGACGACAAUGUAAAAGGUAAUAAAAUUCUUCCAUCACUUUCAACAUCGAAUCAUUGUAUUUAUAUAAUAUCCUCUUUAACAAACAUGUUAUUGAUAUUUCCGUUAUUUUGAGCUGAGAAGCUUUUCUUGGUUUUUCGAUUAUGUUUUUUCUAUGAAGGUUUUUCUUAAUGUUCUACUAAUAUAGGUAUAUUUUGCCUUGAUAUAAAAAGAAAUAUCUUAGCAAUUAUUAGUUUAUAGGAAUAUCUUACUAAAAACUCUCUUAUUAAAAAUAAAAUGUUAAAUAUU